AUGAGUUCAAACAGACAGGCUUAUUACAAGAACAACGCUAAGGAGCAAAUCGGCAAGGAGAAGAGAAACGAGGAGGUAAGAAUCGCAAGUUUUCGAGUGGAAUUUAAGUUUAUGAUUUAGGUCGUUUCCAUCAGAAAGGAUAAGCGGGAAGAGGCAAUCUCCAAGCGGCGUAACAUCAAUGCUCAUAUCGAGUAAGACAUUUGAAAAAAACGUUUUUUCAACAUGAUCUUCGUUUUCAGGGAUGAUUCUGAGGCAUCGACCACCCCGCCAGGACCGUUCGACGCCAAUCUUCUUCGGUUGACCGUUGCCGCUGCUCAAUCGUCGGACCCAGCCGAGCAAUUAACCGCUGUUCAGCAAGCACGUAAGAUGCUCUCUACGGAUCGCAACCCGCCAAUUGACGAUCUGAUCGGAAGUGGAAUCCUGCCGGUUCUCGUUCAGUGCCUCUCAAGCUCCGAGUAAGUUAUAUUAUUCGUUUAUAUCAGUUCAAUUGUCGCUUUCAGCCCAAAUCUGCAAUUCGAAGCUGCUUGGGCACUGACCAACAUUGCCUCGGGAACAUCCGAGCAGACUCAAGCUGUCGUGAAUGCUGGCGCCGUACCUCUUUUCCUCCAACUUCUGUCAUGUGGAAACUUGAACGUUUGCGAGCAGUCUGUCUGGGCGCUUGGAAACAUUAUUGGAGACGGCCCACACUUCCGUGAUUACUGUCUUGAGCUUGGAAUUCUUCAGCCUCUUCUGCAGUUUAUCAAUCCGGAGAUUCCGAUCGGCUUUCUGCGAAACGUAACUUGGGUUAUCGUUAACUUGUGCAGAUGCAAGGAUCCAGCGCCGAGCCCGGCUGUCGUUCGUACGAUUUUGCCAGCUCUGUCUCUGUUGAUCCACCAUCAGGACACCAACAUUCUGAUUGACACCGUUUGGGCUCUUUCUUAUCUCACCGACGGAGGCAACGAGCACAUUCAAAUGGUCAUUGAGGCGCAAGUUGUUACUCACCUUGUACCGCUUCUUGGUCAUGUUGAUGUGAAGGUUCAAACCGCGGCCCUCAGAGCUGUCGGAAACAUAGUCACUGGAACCGACGAGCAGACUCAACUUGUUCUGGACAGCGGAGUAAGCUUUGCUUUCCGCAAACGUAGUCUUUAAAAUUACAUUUUUCCAGGUUCUCAAGUUCAUGCCAGGACUUCUUGCCCAUUACAAGGAGAAGAUCAACAAGGAGGCCGUUUGGUUCAUUUCGAACAUAACUGCUGGAAAUCAACAGCAAGUGCAGGACGUGUUCGAUGCUGGAAUAAUGCCAAUGAUUAUUCAUUUGUUGGAUCGCGGAGACUUCCCAACACAAAAGGAGGCCGCGUGGGCAAUUUCCAACGUCACGAUUUCUGGGCGUCCGAACCAGGUUGAACAAAUGGUGAAAUUGGGAGUGCUCCGUCCAUUCUGCGCUAUGCUCAGCUGCACAGACUCGCAGAUUAUCCAAGUUGUUCUUGAUGGAAUAAACAACAUUCUGAAGAUGGCGGGAGAGGCUGUCGAUCAAGUAACUUCUGAGAUCGAGGAAUGCGGAGGACUUGACAAGAUCGAAAACCUCCAGAAUCACGAGAAUGAGGAUAUCUACAAGCUUGCUUUUGAGAUAAUUGACACUUACUUCAGGUAAUUAUUGGCUUCAUUCUGUCUAAAUCUUUCUUUGUUUUUACAGCUCGGACGAUGAAGCAGCUACUGAGGCAGCCAAUCAAAACUUGGUCUUCGGAACUGACGCUCCUCCUGUUCCAGACGCACCGAAUGGUGGAUGGAACUUUGGAAACUAA